AAGAUUAAUGUAAUUCAUUGAAGUUAAAAUACAUUCUGAAUAAGAAUAGAAAAGGACUUGGAAAAUAUUGUUUAAUAAUAUUUUAUAUAAAUACAAAAAUGUAUAUAUUAGCCCAACAUUAUUUAUUUUGGAAAGGAUAUGACACAAUGGGAAUUUUCAUACACUACUCCUAGAAUUAUAAAUCUGUGCCAUCAUUUCGGCUGAGUAUGGCAUUAUCUCAUUAAGGUGAAGGAUCAUAUCCUAAGAUCAAGUAUUUACACUCUUAUCAGAAUACAUAUACAUACACAUGCAUAUCACUGAGUUUCAGUAGCUAAAGUUGAGAAGUCCUCCAAAUGUCUCAGUCCUCCAAAUGGAUAAAGAAAUUGUGGCAUACUUAUACAAUGGAAUACUAUACAGUGAUCAAAAUUAACAAGACUGACAUGUUUACAACAGAAUAAUACAACAAAGAAAAUGAACAAAUUUGAGCUACAUAGAUAACAAUACUCACAGAUGUGAGAGGAAUUAACAAGAUGGAAAAAUACAUUUACUGUAAUCUCAUCGACGUAAAGUUUGAAAAACUUUAUUUUUAAUACAUUGUCAUUCAUUACAUUGGUGAUAAAACCCUACAGUGAAACAUAUGGGUGAUCAUCAUAUGAGUGAUCAUCAUAACAAUUUGGGAUAGUCAGAAGGGAGGAAAAUAUCAACAAGAAGACAUAUAUCGGGAGUAUCUGGAUUGCUAGCAAAUUCUAUUUUCUUCCUUUUUUUUUUUUUUUUUUUACUCUUUCAUUUGGAUCUUAUCUGUGCGAAGUAUCUUUGACUGUGUUGGUCACUGUCGAAUCAAAUAUCUAAAUAAAGUGAAUCUGGAACAUCCUAGUGUCCACAUCAAAAGCACUCAAUAAAGUUGGAUGGCGGAGUGGUAGUGGUGGUACAGCAACAGGGUAGCCUAGUUAGGUUGCACAAGCCCAUCUAAACACGUGUGAUUAUAUGAUUAGAACCAGGAAACUGGUUACUAGAAAAAGUAAUUUAGUGAACUGUAGAAAGAAAAUACUACAUAUUGAAGCACCUCACAAUGACUUAACACCAAUUUUAUUUGAGGAAUUUCUUUAGGUGUUAAAAUACAAUAAACAGCCACAGUAACAGUAAUACCACUAACAUUCUUGAGCAUUUAUUGUGUGCUUAGAAAUUUGUGUAUGAAUUCAUUUAAUAUAGUCCCAUGGCUUAACACGAGAUUUUGUUCAUUUUUUUUAUAUUUUAUUUAUUUAUUUUUAUUUUACUUUAAGUUCUAGGGUACAUGUGCACAAUGUGCAGGUUUGUUACAUAUGGAUACAUGUGCCUUGUUGGUGUGCUGCACCCAUUAACUCGUCAUUUACAUUAGGUAUAUCUCCUAAUGCUAUCCCUCCCUCCUCCCCCCACCCCACAACAGGCCCCAGUGUGUGAUGUUCCCCACCCUGUAUCCAAGUGUUCUCGUUGUUCAGUUCCCACCUAUGAGUGAGAACACGUGGAGUUUGGUUUUCUGUCCUUGCGAUAGUUUGCUCAGAAUGAUGGUUUCCAGCUUCAUCUACGUCCCUACAAGGGACAUGAACUUAUCAUUUUUUAUGGCUGCAUAGUAUUCCAUGGUGUAUAUGUGCCACAUUUUCUUUAUCCAGUCUAUCAUUGAUGGGCAUUUGGGUUGGUUCCAAGUCUUUGCUGUUGUGAAUAGUGCUGCAAUAAACAUAUGUGUGCAUGUGUCUUUAUAGCAGCAUGAUUUAUAAUCCUUCGGGUAUAUACCCAGUAAUGGGAUGGCUGGGUCAAAUGGCAUUUCUAGUUCUAUAUCCCUGAGGAAUCGCCACACUGUCUUCCACAAUGUUUGAACUAGUUUACAGUCUCACCAGUAGUGUAAAUUGUUCCUAUUUCUCCACAUCCUCUCCAGCACCUGUUGUUUCCUGACUUUUUAAUGAUUGCCAUUCUAACUGGUGUGAGAUAGUAUCUCAUUGUGGUUUUGAUUUGCAUUUCUCUGAUGGCCAGCGAUGAUGAGCAUUUUUUCGUGUGUGUUUUGGCUGCAUAAAUGUCUUUUUUUGAGAAGUGUCUGUUCAUAUCCUUCACCCACUUGUUGAUGGGGUUGUUUGAUUUUUUUCUUGUAAAUUUGUUUAAGUUCUUUGUAGAUUCUGGGUAUUAGCCCUUUGUCAGAUGGGUAGAUUGUAAAAAUUUUCUCCUUCUGUAGGUUGCCUGUUCACUGUGAUGGUAGUUUCUUUUGCUGUGCAGAAGCUCUUUAUUUUAAUUAGAUCCCAUUUGUCAGUUUUGUCUUUUGUUGCCAUUGCUUUUGGUGUUUUAGCCAUGAAGUCCUUGCCCAUGCCUGUGUCCUGAAUGGUAUUGCCUAGGUUUACUUCUAGGGUUUUUAUGGUUUUAGGUCCAACAUUUAAGUCUUUAAUCCAUCCUGAAUUAAUUUUUGUAUAAGGUGUAAGGAAUGGAUCCAGUUUCAGCUUUCUACAUAUGGCUAGCCAGUUUUCCCAGCACCAUUUAUUAAAUAGGGAAUCCUUUCCCCAUUUCUUGUUUUUGUCAGGUUUGUCAAAGAUCAGAUGGUUGUAGAUGUGUCAUAUUAUUUGUGAGGGCUCUGUUCUGUUCCAUUGGUCUAUAUCUCUGUUUUGGUACCAGCACCAUGCUGUUUUGGUUACUAUAGCCUUGUAGUGUAGUUUGAAGUCAGGUAGCGUGAUGCCUCCACCUUUGUUCUUUUGGCUUAGGAUUGUCUUGGCAAUGCAGGCUCUUUUUUGGUUCCAUAUGAAUUUUAAAGUAGUUUUUUUCCAAUUCUGUGAAGAAAGUCAUUGUUAGCUUGAUGGGGAUGGCAUUGAAUCUAUAAAUUACCUUGGGCAGUAUGGCCAUUUUCAUGAUAUUGAUUCUUCCUAUCCAUGAGCAUGGAAUGUUCUUCCAUUUGUUUGUAUCCUCUUUUAUUUCAUUGAGCAGUGGUUUGUAGUUCUCCUUGAAGAUUUCCUUCACAUCCCUUGUAAGUUGGAUUCUUAGGUAUUUUAUUCUCUUUGAAGCAAUUGUGAAUGGGAGUUCACUCAUGAUUUGGCUCUCUGUUUGUCUGUUAUUGGUGUAUAGGAAUGCUUGUGAUUUUUGCACAUGGAUUUUGUAACCUGAGACUUUGCUGAAGUUGCUUAUCAGCUUAAGGAGAUUUUGGGCAGAGAAGAUUAGGUUUUCUAAAUAUACAAUGGCAAAUUCUAUUUUCUUACCAAGGUAUGGUAACAUCAAUUUUAACCUUAUAAUUUUUUAUCUUACUGUUUAUUAGUUGUUAUUACUCUGUAUAUGUAUGUUUUGCUCCACAAUAAAAAAUGUUAAAAAAGCAGAAACCUAAAGUACAUUUCUAAGUAUAAAAUUAGGGUGAUGCAGCAUAUUCUUAUAGAUAUCAUUGUAAUUAGAGUUUUUGCUGAAUAAAGAAUAGAGGAUUAUGGUACUAAGAAAUCCAAGUUAAAAUUUAAAACUUUUCUAUUUUUAUUUUGAGACAGGGUCUGACUCUGUUGUCCAGGCUGGAGUGCACAAGAACAAUCUUGCUUGGCUCAAUGCAGCCUCUGUCACCUUGGCUCAAGUGAUUCUCCCAUCUUAGCCUCCAGAGUAGCUAGGACAACAGGCGUGCACCACCACACCCUGCUAAUUUUUUCUAUUUUUUUGUAGAGACAUGGUUUUGCCAUGUUGCCCAGGCAGGUCUUGAACUCCUGUGCUUAGGCAAUCCACCUGCCUCAGCCUCCCAAAUGAUGGGAUUACAGGUGUGAGCCACCACACCUGGCCCAAAACAUUACUUAAAUUAAUUCACACAAAAGAAGAGAUAGGCAAGAAUUGUUAAUCCACCUUCUUAGUGCUAAUAUGAAUUUGAAACAUCAAAAUUUGAAUAUCUAUGAUUGAUAGACACCUUUUUUCUUAUUUCCAAUUUAAUUAUUUAUGAUACACAUUUGAAAGUGUAAGAAAUUCAGGAAUUUACAAUAAAUUAUAGUACAAUGGAUAUUAAAUAUAUUAAAUUAAAUGUAUUAAAAAUGUGUCUCUAAAUGAAAUAUUUGUAUUCGUAUUGUUAGCAUUCUAAUUUCACUAUACUAUUCCUGUGUACAGCGGUGUGUUGGGUAAAAUUUUUUGUUACUAUAAAUUUUUUGGCUGUCCAUUAGAGAAAAAAAUCAUAGAAAGGCAAAUUUUUUAAGGUGUAAAAAAUAAUUUAGCCUGAUCUUUGAGUAUGUUUGUGCACAUAUAAUGCUACUUUCACUGCUGUAGUAAAAUAAUCCAGAUUUAGUCACCAUAGCUAAGAAUGAGAAAAAGCAUUUGUGAUAGUUUGCUGAGAAUGCCGUCAUUUUUUGAUAAAGUUUUAAGUACUGUUUUACUAUUUGAUCUUUUAAAGAUUGUUAAAAACUAAGAAGUGUUGAUUUCUGCUAAUAAAAACAGCUUAAAAUUUAAAUCAUGGAAUAGAAUGGUGGAGCUGUGGUGGAGAUACUUUGUCUUAUUAAUUGAAAUGACAUUUUGAGAUCCAGUGCUGCUCACUGAAUUUCCCUGUGAGGAGAGUUUGUGGUGAUGACCACACAACAGACAAGCUACUAUCCAAAAAAACUCCUCACAUCAAAUCAAUUUCCAGUUUCUUCCAAGUUGCAGGAGGAUGCCUAGACCUUGGUUUUAUUCUCUUCCUUGACCAAAGUAUUACAAAAGGAAGAAAAUCAUUACCAUUUUCAUGUCAGGAGAGUGGAUGGAGAUGGACUUAGCCUGUUUUCGGUGUUCCAUCUCUUGCCCUGUAUAAGGGUUAGUUGACUGUUUAUGAUACAUUCCGGUGUUUCCCAUUUUUGUUUUGGUUCAUUUCUAAGUGUGCAUUAUAAUUUUAAUAUUAAAGUUUUUGAUUAGGAGAAAUGUCUCAUAGAAAUUAUUAUUACUCAUCUGAUUAUAUACUGAAGGGAAAAAUCAAUUAGUUGUAUAUACAUUCUUAUACAACUCUAAGAUAGUUGAAAUAGGAACUUUCUUAUUUAGUUGCAUCAUGAGGAAAUUUGAGAUGAUGUUAUCUGCCAAGCGCAGAUCUCUCCAAAGGAUUUCUUCUAGCCUUAAUUAUCCACCUCACAGGACAAACCUUUGCCAUUCCCCAUCUAUUUUUUCUUUCGGCUCCUUAAUUCCUGACACAACAAAGUUGUACAUAUUUCCCACACUCUUGGUUUAGCAGAGUUCUUUUAUCAGUUAUGUUUUUCUGCAAGAGAAAACCCUCUAAAACAUUAGACAUAUAUAUCUCACAUCUUUGGAUUUCAUUUGUGUGUGUGUGUGUGUUUUCUGUUUUUUGAGAUGGAGUCUCACUCUGUUGCCCAGGCUGGAGUGCAGUGGCACUAUCUUGGCUCACUGCAACCUCCACCUCCAGGGUUCAAGCGAUUCUCCUGCCUCACCCUUCUGAGUAGAUGGGACUACAGGCACACUCCACCGAGCCCACCUAAUUUUUGUAUUUUUAGUAGAGACAGGGUUUCACCAUGUUGGCCAGGAUGGUCUCAAUCUCUUGACCUCGUGAUCUGCCCUCCUCAGCCUCCUCCACACCUGGCCUGGAUUUCAUUUUUCUAAGCUGGGUUUGAUGGAUGGCUCUGGUGAUUUGAGAUGGGCCAAAUUCAGCAUCUUGGAGAUAGAGUUUGGCCAAUUUAGUCUGGAUCAGGUGGGGGGCAAUCUGACUUCGUUAGUUUCUCAUUCUCCUUCUGGGAACAGUGUACUUGCGAGGCGAUAUUCUCAUGGUAAAUGGAAAGAGGAAGAAUCCCCAGCAUGGAAGCCAUCUCAAAUCUCUAUGCAAAGUGUAGUAAUUUUCUGUUUAUCAAAGUAAGUUAAAUGAUUGAACUCCAAGUUCAGGGGAAAGGUAGUCAGUCUUCCUGUGAUAGGAGGAUACUGCAAGAUUAUAUACCAAAGGGUCGGUUACUCAGGAAUUCUUAUAAAAUGGCUAAAUAUUUUAUAUAAUAAUAAAUAUUUAAACAUUAGACUUGAGAGAAACUUUACCAAAGGCCUAAGAAUUAGAGAUAUGUUUGAUAAAUAAAUAUUAUUCAUGGGCUGAAAACUCUUGAGUGGGAAAAUAGGGCUAAUUUCAUCCGGACAACUUCUUGGAAACUCACUUUUUAUUUUGGAAAUUAUGAGAAAAUAAUUUGUUCCAUUCAUAAGUGGUGUGCACAUGCAUGUAUUUGUGUUCAUAUUUAUGAGCUUGUGAAUAAUGAAGUUAUACAAAAGUAUUAGCAGCAACCAAAUCUUAUGGAGUAUUGGCCUGCCUGUGGUUCUCAAGAAAAUCUUAGAUGCUUUUGAUAAAAGCAGUUUGGAUUCUGUGUAUAUAAAUCUGGCAUUUUAAAAAGUCCAUAUUGGUAAUGAUCUUAGUUGUGACCAAGCUCCCUUUAAGACUUUAGACAUUUGCUAUAUGAUCUAUGUAUUGGGUUAUAAAACUUCCCAAACAACUGAAGUUGCUAAAGACAAAUGAUGAAGAGGUUACACAAAGAAAAAUUGCAAACUGAAAGAGAGUACGUUCUUAUUUGUGUACUAGCAAAUCAGGAUUCAGGUUUCCGGUCAAUUUCACUAUGAAUAAUUCCAGCCUGUAACAAGAACAAACAGUGAAUGAAUGAGUUAAUUUGAGUUGUUUGAAAAUAAGAAUGUUUUCCAUAAAGAGAUCAUUGAACUCAUCAGUUAACAUGCCAUGGUGAUUUCUGGCUUGACACUGGUCACAACAUUUAAAAGUAAAAAGAAUGACCCAGCAGAUUUACAAAUCAGGUGCAUAUAGAAUUUAAGGUCAGGAUAUUCAAGCAAUCACAACCAGUGAUAUUUCAUUGAGAGGUGAAGCCAGCUGGACUUCCUGGGUGGAGUGGAGAUUUGGAGAACUAUUCUGAAGCUAGCAAGGGGAUUGUAAAAUGCACCAAUCAGUGCUCUGUAAAAGGCACCAAUCAGCACUCUUUAGGUAGCAUGGGGAUUAUAAAAUGCACCAAUCAGCACUCUUUAGUUAGCAUGGGAAUUAUAAAAUGCACCAAUCAACACUCUGUAAAAAUGCACCAAUCAGCACUCUAGCUAGCCAGAGGAUUGUAAAAUGCACCAAUCAGCUCUCUGUAAAAGGCACCAAUCAGCGCUUUGUAAAAUGCACCAAUCAGUGCUCCGUAAAACGCACCAAUCAUCGGGAUCCUAAAAGUAGCCAAUCACAGGGAGGAUUGAAAAAAGGGCACUCUGAUAGGACAAAAAUGGAACAUGGGAGGGGACAAAUAAGGGAAUAAAAGCUGGCCAUUCCAGCCCAGGGCACAACCCACUCAGGUCCCCUUCCACCCUGUGGAAGCUUUGUCCUUUUGCUCUUAACAAUAAACCUUGCUACCACUCAGUCUUUGGGUCCACGCCGUCUUUAAGAGCUGAAACCUUGCUACUGCUCAGCCCUGGGUCCAUGCCAUCUUUAAGAGCUGUAACAUCACUGCAAAGGUCCGUGCCUCCAUUCUUGAAGUCAGCGACCACGAACCCACCUGCAGGAACCAACUCCGGAUACAACACCAGCAUUUUAAAAAUUUCUUUUUGUCUGUUCAGACAUGAUAACUUUUCUGCCCAUCAUAUUUUCCAUUCUAGUAGUGGUUACAUUUGUUAUUGGAAAUUUUGCUAAUGGCUUCAUAGCGUUGGUAAAUUCCACAGAGUGGGUGAAGAGACAAAAGAUCUCCUUUGCUGACCAAAUUGUCACUGCUCUGGCGGUCUCCAGAGUUGGUUUGCUCUGGGUGUUAUUAUUAAAUUGGUAUUCAACUGUGUUGAAUCCAGCUUUUUAUAGUGUAGAAUUAAGAACUACUGCUUAUAAUAUCUGGGCAGUAACCGGCCAUUUCAGCAACUGGCUUGCUACUAGCCUCAGCAUAUUUUAUUUGCUCAAGAUUGCCAAUUUCUCCAACCUUAUUUUUCUUCGCUUAAAGAGGAGAGUUAAGAGUGUCAUUCUGGUGAUGCUGUUGGGGCCUUUGCUGUUUUUGGCUUGUCAUCUUUUUGUGGUAAACAUGAAUCAGAUUGUAUGGACAAAAGAAUAUGAAGGAAACAUGACUUGGAAGAUCAAAUUGAGGCGUGCAAUGUACCUUUCAGAUACGACUGUAACCAUGCUAGCAAACUUAGUACCCUUUACUGUAACCCUGAUAUCUUUUCUGCUGUUAGUCUGUUCUCUGUGUAAACAUCUCAAGGAGAUGCACCUCCAUGGCAAAGGAUCUCAAGAUCCCAGUACCAAGGUCCACAUAAAAGCUUUGCAAACUGUGAUCUCCUUCCUCUUGUUAUGUGCCAUUUACUUCGUGUCUGUAAUAAUAUCAGUUUGGAGUUUUAAGAAUCUGGAAAACAAACCUGUCUUCAUGUUCUGCCAAGCUAUUGGAUUCAGCUGUUCUUCAGCCCACCCGUUCAUCGUGAUUUGGGGAAACAAGAAGCUAAAGCAGACUUUUCUUUCAGUUUUGUGGCAAAUGAGGUACUGGGUGAAAGGAGAGAAGCCUUCGUCUCCAUAGAUUCAGAAGAGGGGCAUUGUGUGUCUUCUAGCAGAAAACAAACUGGUGCUGUAUGAAACAUUUGUAUUUCUUACUGUGCUUUCUGUAAUGUAUGUGUAUGAAUAAUUUCCAAACAUAUACCUAGAUAAAUCUUUAACCUAGUCUAAAAAAUGUAUGUGUGUGUGUGAAAAACUUAAGAACAUUGACAAUAACAUACUCUUUUUUGUUUCUUCAUAUGAACUGCCAGAUUAUACAAAAUAUGACAAAAAUUCCUCAGAAUUAUGAAGCCAUGUGUAUUUCAUUCAUGUAUUUUAUCUUUCAUUUGUAGAAUUUACAAUGUCUAUUUAUAAUUGUUAAGAACUAACAGCUUAUCUCAGGAAAGAUAUUGCUGUUUUCUAUUGUUAUUUGAACCACACAAAUAUACCACAGUGUGCUUAGAAUUCAUUGUUUGAACCUCUAUCUUAUUGGAUGGUAAGGUCAUUCAAUUCUAAACCAAUAAUGUGGAUGUAUCUUUGGGGUUUUAUUCCAUUAUGAAUUCCUAUUUUAUGGUUAGUAAAAAGCAAACAGAAUUAUUGUUAGAAAACAAUGCACACUAUAGAAUUCGAGUGACAAGUAUAGGUAGAAUAAAUUUCAUAUAUGUCUACCAUAAACAGUACUGAAGAAUACUAGAUUUAAAGCAAGUAUGUGAAUAGCUUAGAAAAAAAUCUCUUUGAUAAUAAAGGGAGGAAAUAUCAUGAUCAUGGUCUUGAUUGCUAUUAUCGGUUUCCAUACGCAGUUAGAAACGUCAUUUCUUCCAGCUUUUGAAUUAAAGAAAAGCUGUUUUUGAAGUUGAGAUCUGAUGUAAAUUAUUUUAGUAUUUUUUUCUAAGGCACUUCUAAGCCCCUGAAUUGCUAAUUAUAUCCUCAUCUUCCAUUUACAAAAUUCCUUCUAAACUUCAGAUAAGAGAACUCAAAUCUUCUCUUUUCCAAAAAAAAAACUAUCAAUGUAAAAGUAGUAUAGAAAUUAUGGAAAAUAAUUCAGUGAAACUUUUUGUAAAUGUUAGAAUAGUAUCUAUGAAAUCUAUGUAUUAAUUAUGGGAUGUGCCUUACCAUUGUAAUUUUGUUGUCAGUGAUGAAAGUGUUUUGACAUAUUCAUUAACAGGAAGUUCUAUUAUAAGAAAGAAAUGUACAGUCUUGUUCACAGCUAAAUUCUAUAUGACUACAUUAAUUCUUCGUGUUAUGAAGUUUUAACAAUGUUAUUUAAUGUUAUUUAAACCUUAAGAUAAGUCAUCCCCACACCUGAUUUAUGUAAUUUUUAAAUCAUAUAUCUUCCUCAGUACAAUGUAAGAACUGUAAAGAAAGAGAUCAUGUCUGUCUUGCUUUCUGUUGACUCCCAGGACCUAGAACCCAGCACCAAGAAUAGAAGGCCAGAAAUGAUACUUUAAUGAACAAAUAAAUGGGUGGCUAAAAUGGAUAAGUUGAUGUGGUAAAUCAAUGAAAAGGAAACUCAUCACAAAAUCUGCAGUUGCAUGAAUUCCCCUGUUCUGGUCUCAGGUUGAGGUUGCAGGCUUAUCCAAGCAGAAUCCUUCCUCAGAGGAAAAGUUUGGCUAUUCCACAAUUUUAGGGGAAAUAUCACACUAGUGAUAUAUAUAGUGAUAUAUAGUCACACUAUAUAUAUAUAUAGUGAUAUAUAGUCUUGAUGCAGCUGUGUCAGGUGUCUGAAUUGGAGACAAGGUAAAACAUCAAAAUUAGAUGGCACCUUGGAAGGCUGAGGCGGGCGGAUCACGAGGUCAGGAUAUCGAGACCAUCCCGGCUAAUGUGGUGAAACCCCGUCUCCACUAAAAAUACAAAAAAAUUAGCUGGGAGUGGUGGUGGGCACCUGUAUUCCCAGCUACUCGGAAGGCUGUGGCCGGAGAAUGGCGUGAACAUGGGUGGCAGAACUUGCAGUGAGCCGAGACCGCGCCACUGCAUUCCAGCCUGGGCGACAGACAAAAAAAAAAGAAAAAAUUAGGUGGCACCUAUGACAAUACUUUAAAAAGCAUAUAAAAGACUUUGGUCUAUUUGCAUAAGUAUUUUUUUAUUGUGAAUUACAUAUUUGUGUUAUGAUAUUUUCUAGUUGAUUAUUAGGUAAACAAAAUGGCAUUUCAUUUCAAAAAAUUGAGUUAGUAACCAGCUACUUGACCAAAAUGUUUUUAAUUAAUACCUGUUAAUAAAAGUGAUGACAUUUAUUUAGAAGUAAAGUUCAAGACAAAAAUGGCAGGGACGUGGAAAUUGAGACAGGAAGAAAUAUGAAACAAUGCUCUAGUCGCUUUGAAUUCUGCUGGAUCAUCUGGCACAGUGGCCAUAGCAGCUUGGACCAGAGCCUGUAUCUGCUGUAGAGCCCUCUUUUGUUCUGGGUUCCACUUGAGACCAGUAGCCUUUGGAAACUUUAUUAAUGAGUCAGAGCAAUAUUUUCAAACGUGGAAUAUGGUGGCUCCAAAAUCUCAAUAGGUCCCCAAAACAUUGUAUCUCUUUUGUAGUGAUAGGAAGUACAUAGAGAGAGCAACAUGCCAUUUACUUUAAAAAAGAUUGUUUUGACAUGUGCCCUAGGGACACUGCACACCUUAAAACAUCACCUAUGCUGUAGGUCCCUGAAUCUUCUCAAGUUUAUUUCUUUUCUUCUGGUAUUUUACUUCCAUCCAACAUUAGGGUAUUUUACUAUAUUUAAUAAACUUGCAACUUCCUGAUUAUUGUACCAACUAAUACUUUAUUAUUAUUGUUAUUAUUUUGAACAGGGUCUCAUUCUAUCCCUGAGGCUGGAGUUCAGUGGCAGGAUCACACCUCAUUACAGCCUCAACCUUCUGGGCUCAAGUGAUUCUCCCACUUCCGCAUUUCUAGCAGCUGGGACUGCAGGGGUACAACACCUUGCCUGGCUAAUUUUGGUAUUUCCUGUAGGACUAGGAUUUCACCAUGUUACCCAGGCUGGUCUCAAACUCCUGGGCUGAAGUGAUCUGUCUGUGUCGGCCUCCAAAAGUGCUGGGAUUACAGUCAUGUGCCACAGGGCCCGGUCUGUAAUAUUACUAAUAUAUUAAAUUAGCACGAUGUUUUAAAAAAUGUAAAUUAAACUGAGAACAGAAGUGACAUAGCCCUGACAUACAACAGUGAAGCAGUGCUAUUAUUCUUACAAUACAAGCCAAAUUGUUUUGAUUUUCCCGCAUAAUGGGUGUAGAUUAACAAACAUUCACCAAAUCAUGAGCCCCGUAAAAAGUAUCAAAAGCUCUGCUCUGCUCAGUGAAGAUAGCACAUCCUGGAAAGCAUUUGUGAGUGUUGAUUGAAGUUUAUGGUAGUCUGCAUUCACUAUAACCUGUCUGUCUUUGGUAGAGGCCAGAUAGGUUAAGUGAAUCGGGUUAUAGAAAGGACGACCAUCCCCUGUAACUUUCAAGUGUUUUGUCAUGACAGUGACCAGUUCCAUUCCUUGGGGAAUGCAGUUAUUAUAUUUUAUACAUUGUGUUGCCAAUGGAGGAGAAUUUCAGAGGCUUCCCCUUGGUCCUGCUAUAAUAAUGUUCCUUACUCUACAGUUCAGGAAGAAUGUGAUAGUUCUGCCAGCUGCCAUACGUAUUCAUUUCAAUUACACAUUCAGGAAGAGGUAAUAACUACAAACUGGUUAGAUCCACCUUGGGAUAGACAUGAGCCAAAGCUCUGGGCAGCAUCUGACCUUCAAGAACUCCCACUGCAGGCUGGAUGUGAUGGCGCAUGCCUGUAGUCCUAGUACUUUGGGAGGCCAAGGUGGGAGGAUCCUUUGAGAGCAGGAGUUCCCUUCGCAACAUAUGGAAACUCUGUCUCUACAAAAAAUUUAAAAAAUUAGCUGGCGGGGUGGUGCAUGCCUAUAGUUCCAAAUACUUGGGAAGCUGAGGCAGGAGGAUUGCUUGAGCCCAGGAGUUCCAGGCUGCAGUGGGCUAUGAUCCUGCCACUGUACUCCAGCUUGGGUAACAGACGGAGACUGUCUCGGAGGAAGAAAAAAAAAAGAAGUGCAAGUUCUCACUGGUAUGUUAAAUAUCAAGUAAAAAGGGAUCAAAUCAAUAAUUAACAAUCUUUGGUUCCUGCCUAUAGCAAACAGGUAAAAUGGAAAGUAGUUAUACAAAGGGUAUAUUAACUGCUAACAAAAUUAAACAAAGCCAGUUUUUUUUCAUCUCCUUUCAUUUUUUUUUUUUUUUUUUUUUUUUGAGACAGGGUGUUGCUCUGUCUCCCCAUUGGAGUGCAGUGGUGUGAUCUCGACCAAUUACAACCUCCGUCUCCUGGGUUCAAAUGAUUCUCCUGCCACAGCCAACCAAGUACCUAGGAUUAUAGGCAUGCACAACCACAACUGGCAAAUUUUUGUAUUUUUAGUGGAGACAGGGUUUCACCAUGUUGGCCAUGCUGUUUUCUAACUCCUGACCUCAGGUGAUCCACCUGCCUCGGCCUCCCAAAGUGCUGGAAUUACAGGCCUGAGCCACCGUGCCCAGCCUAUCAUCUGCUUUUUAUAGGUAAUUAUACUGAGGCAGGCGGUAGUUGUAAAAUGGAGUCUCACAUCGUAUCUAUAUGAAACAGGGAAUCUGGUUUCCUGUCUUUGUAGUCUGACUUGAAGAUCCCCUCUUAGAAAACAUUAUAGUGUAAAAACUGAAAAGAUAUAAAAUCCAAGAUUGGAGACUGAUUUUAAUAUCUAUUCAUCUUAAACCAUUUAGUAAUCAAAAAUAAAUAGGGAAAAAUAAAGCUGGAUAUUCAUACAUAGAGAAGUGUAGAUUCUUCAAUGGAAAACAUGUUUUUUAAGUGUCCAAGGAAUAGUUAUAAAAUUUCUGAGUAUUUUAAUUAAAUAACUAAGAUUUAAGUGUUAGACUCAUGAGAAUAACUUAGUCAAAGGCCUAAGCAUGAGAGAUUAAGUUUGUUAAACAUUGAAAAUGGGCUGAAAAGCCUGAGUAAGAAAAUUAAUUGCUUUUUCAUUUUAGAAAUUAUAGGACAACAAUUUUUCCCAACCGUCAGGGGUGUAUAUAUGUGCAUGUGAAAGUGCUUAUGUUAAUGAGCUUGUUAAUAAUAAGUUAUACAAAAUUAUUAGUUGGCAGCAACCAGAUUUUAAGGAAUAUUGGCCUUCUUGGGCUUCCGAAGAAAACCUUGGACGCUUUUGGUAGGAAAAGUUGGGAUUCACUCUCCAUAAAUCUGGCGUUGAAAAAAUGAAUCAACGGUGGUCAUGAUUCUAGUUUUGACCAAGCUACAUAUAACAGUGUAGGCAUCUGAUGUAUGAUCUAUGUAUUAGGUUGGAAAAUUUCCCUUACAACUGACAUUGCUGAAUACAAAUUAUAUAGAGGUUAAACAAGGAAAAAAAUUACAAAAUGAUGAAUAAGAAUAUGACUUGAUUUGCAUGCUAGCAAAUGAGAAUUCACCUUUCACAUCAACAUCAGUAUGAAAAUUUUCAUCUUAUAACAAGGACAUAGUAUUUGAAUAGGAGUUAAUUUGAGCUGUUUUGGAAAUUAUCAUGUUUUCCAUUAAGAUAGCCUUGAACUCAUUCAAUAGCAUGCUCCGGUGGUUUCCUGCUUGGCAUUAGUCAGAGAACUUAAAAGGAACAGGAGCAUUACUGCACAACCAGAAAUCAGGUGCACAUAGAAAUUAAGGUCAGGACCUUAAAGGGAAUCUUGCCCAUUGAUAUUAGUCCUGCCCUAAAAAAAAGUCGGACAUGGUAUGUUUACUACUAAUCAUUUUUUUUCCAUUACAUUAAUGGUAGAAUUUGUAUUUUCCCAUGGGCACCUACAUUACACUCAUAGACUAUUUUGAUAUUUCAACCUGUUAUUUUCUUUGAAUCCUUUUAAGGAGUUGUUAAACAGUGCUGAAAUUUGCCUUACAGUAUGCUGUUAACUAAUCAUAUUUCUCAAAGUCAUUUGACAGAAUGUUUGGUUAAAGGAAAUAUGUCUAGCAUAGUUAUACCCGUUCAUAACAAAAGAGUAUUUAAAUCUUUAAGAAAAAAUAUUAGUAAAGCUAAUAAAGGAAUAUGAAUAAAUAAAUAUAUGAAGUAUAUAAUUCAUUAUUAAUAUACAUGCGUGAAAUCAUGGUCAUAGAAUUUAAAAAGAGUAAUAAUUUUUGAAUUAAGGAUACAUUCUGAACUAUAAUAGAAAAAGGCUUCAAAAAUGUUAGGUUUAUAAUGUUUCAUAUAGAUACGAAAGUGUAAAAAUUAGUCUGAUGUUACUUAUUUUGGAAAGCAUAUGAAGCAAUGGGAAUUUUCAUACAUUGCUCCUAGAAUUGUAAAUCAGAGCAAUUACUUUGUCUGAGUAUGGCAUUAUCUGAUUAAGUUGAUGGAUCACAUUUGAAGACCCAGUAUUUGCACUCUUAUCAGAAUAUAUGUGCACACACAUGCAUAUCACUGAGUUUUAAUAGCUAAAGUUGAGAAGUCUCUCAAAUAUCCAUCAGUGAUAAAAUGGACAAGUAAAUUAUGGCAUGCUUGUACAAUAGAAUACUAUACAGCAAUCAAAAUGAACUGUUGGAGACAUGUGCUCGGAGUAGCCAAAAGAAAUCCCCACUUGGACAAUUUCUCAGCAAGGCACCUUUACGUUGGCAGAAGGGUGCUGCUUGCACCUGUUACAAUCACAAGAGAAGAGCAUACCUAACAAAGGAGGGAAGGAGUUUUUAAUCCUAACACAGUUCCUGUUUCUGUGUGCUUCCCUUAUUGGCUGGGGUUGGAUUGCACAAUCUAAGCUGAUCCUGAAUGGCUUAGACUUAAACUUUUCCAAAUAGGGUAAACGCACAUUGUGCAAAAAGAAGGAGGGGUGGGAGGUAGGAUUCAUUUACAACAUUUACAACUUAUGGCUGGAAAGUUGAGUCUUUAAAGAGGAAUUUAGUUGUCCUAACGGAACCAGCUAGAGUGACAUGUUUACAAAGAAUAUAAAUAAAAAGAAAAAUGAAGAAAUUUGAACUACAUAGAUAUGAGAGGAAUUAAGUUUGAAAAAAUGAUUCAGUAUAAUUCCAUUUAUAUAAAGUUUACAAAAAUGUAUUUUUAAUAAAUUGAAAUUUAUUACACUGGUGGUGAAAUUCUAAGGUGAGACAUAUGAGUGAUUAUCCUAACAAUUGGGAUGGUAGGGAUGGAGGAAACAAAAGGGAAAUGUUAUCAGUAAGAUGGCAUAUAUGGAGAGUGUCUGGAUUGCUGGUGAAAUCUACUUUAUGACCAUGAUGUGGAAUCAUAACUCUUAAUGCUAUAAUUUUUUUCUUUACUGUACAUUAGGCCUCAUUACUUUAUAUACUUUAUAUAUAUAUAUAUGUUAUGUUUCACAAUAUUAAAUGUUUCACAAUAAUGAAAAUAUUUAAAAAGUAGAAACAUACACUAAAUGAAUGAAUAUAAAAUAGGCUGAACAAACAUAUUCUUAUAGACAUCAUUGUAAUUAGAGUUUUUGCUGAAUAAAGAAUAGAGUAUUAUGAUAGUAAUAAAUCCAAGAUAAAAUUUUAAACUUUUUUUUAGAUUAAUUAGAAAAAGGAAGAGAUAAGCAGGAAGACUACCUCCACAUUCCUAAUGUUAUUCUUACUUUGAAACAUCAGAUUUUUUUUUUUUUUUCCGAGUUAAAGAAGGAAGGAAUUUAUUGAGCCAAGGGCAUCGACGAGACUCCUGUCUCAAGAGCCAAGCUCCCUGAGUGAGCAAUUCCUGUCCCUUUUAAGGCCUCACAACUCUAAGGGGGUGCACGUGAGAGGGUCGUGAUCGAUUGAGCAAGAAGGGGGUACGUGACUGGGGGCUGCAUGCACCGGUAAUUAGAUGGGAACAAAACAGGAUAGGGAUUU